AUGACGGAAAUAAGUCGUGUAACAGAUACGGACAUAGAGCAGCUGCUUUUAGAAGUUGACGAUAAUUUCGGUGACAGUUCUGAAAGUUCUCAAGAUAUGGAUGUUGAGGCUAGUGAAAGUGACUUCCAUUCAGAAUCAACAGAGGACGAGACAGUUACAGAUGUGAAGUGGAUCGUCUUCGCGGGAACGGAGAAUGCGGCCGACUAUUCUUUGGAGAGUGCUCCUUCAGACAGCGAUAUGUUCCUAGUCCAGGCCACCGCUGCUACUACAGUGGAUGUCUGGCGGUCUCGGGGAAACUGGAGCAGGGCGCUUUAUGGGCAGUGGUCCAAUGGAAAGUGGCACGCCCACCACUCUCCAUCCAUGGCCUACGACCUAGCAGGCAUGCGCCUCGUCCUCGCCGUUCUCGCGAUUCCUGCGAAUACUAAGGAAUAUAUCAUUGAACACCCGCCAGGGUACGACUUCUGGAAAGUACUGGCAGACAUCUCGAAUAUUACGUACGAGUUCCGGGUGCCGGCUGACGGGGGCUUCGGGCGCGAGGUGGGCGGCAGAUGGGGUGGCCUGGUGGGCCUGCUGCAGACGGGCGACGCCGACCUGGCCGUGGAGCUGCUCACCUUCAUCGUAGAGCGCUCGCGCGUCAUGCACUACACCAUGCCGCUCUACGCCGACAGGCAGACGCUGUUCGUGCGCCGCGAGCAGGUGUCUCGGCGGCCCGAGUGGCGAGUGUUCGUGCAGCCGCUGUCUGGCCGGCUGUGGGCGGCGCUGGCUGCUGCGCUGCUGCUCUCCGCAGUCUCUCUGGCAGCCGCCCUCGCCUUCAGGGCACGGCGCGCCGCCUCGGUCCCCAGCGACGCCUUCCUCUACUCCGCCUGCGUCUUCACUGUGGAAGGCUCCCCGCUGGUGGAGAGCGGCCGCCUGUCGGUGCGGCUGUGGCAGGUGAGCGCGACCCUGGCCGCCGUCGUGGUGCACGCCGCCUUCUGCGGGGCGCUGGUCGCCACCGUGGCCGCCCCCAGCCACGAGCCGCCCUUCAGCGGCCUCCACGGGCUGCUCCACAGCGACGACUUCAGCCUCGUCGUCGAGGCCAACACUUCCGUACACUUCUACUUCCAGUCGUCUCCGUCGCCGGCGGUGCGCGGGCUGUACGAGCGCUGGCUGCAACCGGAGGCGGCGGCGGCGGCUGCCGGGCGCCUCCAGCCGUCUCUGGUGUCGGCGUUCAGCGCGACCUGCUCCCAGCCGCACGCCGCCUUCAUGGGCAUGCGCGGCCUGUACGCCAGGAUGGCGCCGCGCCUACCUUGCGCUCUGGCCGAGGUGCCCGGUGCCGCCUCCACCAUCCUCUACGGCUUCGGCGUGCGCCUGGGCUUCCCCUACCGCGACGUCCUCAACCGCAAGUCGGUGCACCCGCUGGUCCGUGUGAACUGA